AUGGCGCAACACAGUUCAACCCUCCUCCUUCCCAGAAUGGACAUGGGCCACGGGGACAUGGACGGACCGGCCAUGCUCUGGAACUGGUACACAAUCGACGCCUGCUUCAUCCACCCCUCCUGGCAAAUCACCACGCGCGGCGCCUUCGCCGCCACCUGCAUCGGCAUCAUGCUGAUGGUCGUCUUGCUCGAGUUCCUUCGGCGUUUGGGCAAAGAAUACGACGAGUGGAUCGUCCGUGACUUUCGAAGGCGGUCGGCGCUUAUUCGAGAACAACAGCGACGAUUGCGUCAGCAGCAACAACAACAACGGCAGGCUUCAUCAUCAUGUGGUACUGCGGAUGCGAGGGGAUACAUGGGCACGAAGACGACAACGACCACCCUGAAAUUCCGCGCCAGUCCGCUGCAGCAGUUGAUCAGAGCCGUGAUUCACGCCGUCAUGUUUGGACUGGGGUAUCUGGUCAUGUUGUUGGCCAUGUACUACAAUGGCUAUGUGAUUAUUAGCAUCUUGAUCGGGGCGCUGAUUGGCAAGUUUUUGUGCGAUUGGUUGACGGUCAAGUUUGAGAUUCCUGGCGGGGAUGAGGAGGAGGAGAUGGAUAUGGAUGGGUUUACGGACGAGGUUCCGAGGCAGCAGGGCGUGGAGGAUGCUACUGUUUGCUGUGGUUGA